ACCAUGAGGUGGUACACUGUACACAGGGUUAGAUCUAAACCUGUUCAGAAGGAACUCUCUGCAGAUGAAAAGCAUGUGACGUACAACAUGUCUGCAGAGAGUAACUUCACUCUAACAAUCAAAGAUCUGAGAGAGAGCGAUGCAAAUGAUUACUGCUGCAGAGAGACUACUGACGACCCAGAACUCUGCUGGAACAACAAAACUGAGCUCCAGGUUUCAGACCUGCAGGUAAAGGUGCUUCCUGCCACAGAGGGACAGACAGUGACACUGAUGUGUAGCACCAGCUGUCCUCUGACUGAAAACCCUGCAGUCUACAUCUGGUACAAGAACAGAAAGUUCCUCUAUCAGGACUGGUCUCCCUGGUACCAACAGCUGGUCAGCAGUGAGGAAGCAGUCACAUACUCCUGUGCUAUCAAAGGCUACGAGGAUCUCAGAGCCCCUCAAGUCUCAGUGGAUUCUGUCACGUCGACCUGCUUCAGUGUGACCUAUGCUAAAGGGAGAAUGUGUUCUUAUAAGACGACAUCAGAGGAAGAGCCCUGCUCCAUCACAUAUCCCAGAGAAGUACAUGUUCAAAGGAGUCCUGCAGCUAAAGGCCAUGUCACACAAGCUGUCCUCUGA